AUGGCAUCAAGUACUGACAAUCAAAGAAUUGAAAAUAGACUUGAUGAACUAGUAACCAUGAUGAGACAGUUGGCAGUUACCCAGACAGUCCAGACUUCUGAUCCACAGUCCGGCAGUCUAUGCGGCAUAUGCAGUGACCCUUUUCACCCCGUUGAUGCUUGCCCUUCUCUGCAAGAGGGCCCCAUUUCUGCAGACCAGUCAGUAGCUGCAAACCAGAAUCAACAAAAUGUCCCAUAUCAGCAGAGUCAGCAAAAUGUAAACACAAGGUUUAUCUCUAAAGCGUUGAUACUUCCAUUAUCAAUCCUAGUGUUGCUAUCAAGCACAACAUACUCAUUUCAAGAGAAAACUUGGUUAAAUAUUGAGUCUCCAAAAGGGCAUAAUGGAGUCAAGUCAGCUACUUUUGUGUCUAAAAAGUUUGAAAUGGGACCAGGAUCAAUUUUAGCGGAAGGUUUUUUUGAUAUUGAGUUUCCAAAAGGUCAUGUUGGAAUCAAGAGUGUCGAUGCUGAACUAAUUGAUGAAGAAGGGAAUUCUGUACCUUUGUAUGAUACUUACCUUCACCAUUUUUUUAUCAUAAGAUACUUUGAAAAUAUUACCUUGUCAAAGAAUCCUAAGGCUCGUCAGAGUAAACUUGAAGGUUUCAUUUUCAAGAGAAAUGAAGGCCCAUGCUACGAUUAUGUUCUUCCAUUUUAUUGGGGCAUGGGAGGUGAAUCACGAAGAACAUCCUCAAACAUUCCAGAUCCUUUUGCGGUAGAAAUAGGUAACCCUGCAGAAAUUCCCGAUGGAUAUGAAGAGAAAUGGCUAUUAAACAUAAUGGCAAUUGAUACACGUGGUGCACUCGAUAGGGAAGGUUGUUCUGAAUGUAGAUGUGACUUGUUUAAUCUCCCAAAGGACUUUUAUAAUGUCACAAGGGGCACUUAUGGCGAACCAUUGACCAAGGAUUAUAAGGGAGGAAUGUUUUGUUGCCAAGACAAAUUUCAAUGCAAAUUGAGAGAGGGUUUUCAAGGCCCAAGGAGAAACCUUUCCCUAAGAUACAAAAUAAGGUGGGUUGAUUGGGACCAACACCAAAUUCCUGUGAAGAUUUAUGUACUUGAUUCAACCGAUCAGGUGAGAUCAAACGGAUCCAAAGUAGUCCAUGAGUGCCAGAAAGCAAACAUCCCAAUGCAAAAAGGUGGUUAUCUCAUCUAUGCCAGUGGUCAUAUGCAUUCAGGUGCUAUUAAUGCAACUCUAUACGGACAGGAUGGAAGGACUUUAUGUACCUCAAAACCAAAAUAUGGAAAGGGAAAGAAAGCAGGAAAUGAGAAAGGUUAUGCGGUUGGAAUGUCUGUUUGUUAUCCAAAACCAGGUUCUAUCAAGAUUAAGGAUGGUGAAACUUUGACAUUUGAAUCCAGAUACAAAAGUGGCUUUCGAACAGGAGUUAUGGGACAAUUCAACAUCUAUUUGGCAGAGCAAUUACCGCUCUCGACAUAG